AUUUAUUAAAAAUAAGUAAAUGUUUAUCAGCUGUAAAAUGCUGGAACAAAUGAUGGAAUGAAAAUACAUGUAUUUACAUAAAUAGAAUGAACUUGGAUGCCGAACACAACAAAAUUUCGUACAAAAGUAAGCAAUCAGAAAAUAGUAAGGAAAGCGGGUAUCGAAUCAAAUGUUUGCGAUGUGUACCCUCGAUCCAGUCGAUGCCGAAAGGAAAGCGAAAAAGGACGUGUCAUUCUGGUAGAGUGUCGUUCAGGCAAAAAAACCGUGGUCGUCUUCGGAGGAUUCCCAUAGGGACCAAAGGCAUUAGCAAGGCGUUCGAACAUUGGCUGACAUCGGCCGGAAUGGCUAGAUUUCAAAAGCAGGGAUUAAGCGAAUUAGUAGAGGCCGCUUCCUCGGCAGCCAGUUCACAAAAGUUGUUGCUCCAAUGUAUGGAGAAACAGAAACGAGUACAGUCGAAGGAACACGUCGAUGUCAAACCCUUCACGCCCACCCUGUGGGCCAACGUCGUCAAUAACGUCGUCAACUACGUAGACGCUCUGAAGUCGAUUUCCGAUUUGCUCUUCCCUUAUAAAGUGGUUGACUACUCCGAUUGCGGUACCCGUGGAUCUUCUUUGGUCAGCUUCGACUGGGGUAAUUAUCUAAUAUACAUUUCCAACCUGAUAACCUCUGCGGAAACGAUCAAACAGUUGCUCCAAAAUGGUGAAGUAUAUUCGCACUGUCGAAGCCACGGCAUAACUGGGAUCGUAGGACUGACGAAAUCGGACUGGGGAAAACUAUUCGUCGAAUUGGAUUCUGUUAUCACGAUUUCAAAAAAUCUUGAAUAUCUCGUCGUCCAAGCUCAUGGGAUCCCUCUCGUUUGUAUCAUAAACUCAUUCCCUCCGCCUCCUGGAAACAUAGACUGGGUCACAUUUUUCAAAGAAUGUGACCGUCUGAACUUAUCAGCAAAAAAUGUUUUAAAUUUCCUCUACUCCAUAUUUUUCUUGAACGACAGUCUUAUAUGUGAAAAUAGUGACUCUGGCAAACCAGGCGCAGGCAUCUACGAGGAGAUAUCAAAAAGAUGUUUUCAUUGGGAAAAUGGAGAAUGUGAUUUUAACGAACACUUUUCAGGCAGCACAGAAAAAACGUUCGAUCCUGUUACUGCUGAUGGGAGUAAAUGCGAUUCCGAUUCUACAACAGGGAUGAAAAAUAGGAAAUCCGAAAAAAACAGCUUCAAUUAUAUUUCUAAGGGAGAGCGGCGUUCCUCGGUCAGGCCCAUUUUCCUCAACAAAGUGCAAGAGAACCGUUCGAAGGCCCGGGUCGCCUGGAUCCACCCCAAGUACAACAUCAUAGAUCUAAAAAAGAGAGCCGACAGGGGAAUUCUCCACAAGAGCUCCGAAGCUGUCAAAGACGGACUGGAGAACUCAAAAAUCGUUAUUCCCGUAGCAUACCGUAAAACUCCGUCAAACGUUAAGGGCAAACAUUUCAUUCGGCGACACACUUCAUACACCAAUCUGCCAGAGGCUAAAACCACGAAAUACGAGUACGGCAAGUACGUAGACAACGGUAUUUCAGCCCUGGUCCCUUUACACCGCUACGUAUCGUGUUUAGUACUAAAUCUACUGGAAAGAAAUGAGGUUUCGCUUAAUCAACGCAACGAAUUCGAGUUUUCCGAAAUAAAAGAGACUUUCUGUUCUCCGAACAGCAACGGGAGUCUAGCUGUGCAUCCGGCCGUCCGCAGGAUCUCGAAAAGGACCAACGUCACUAACGGUUCAAAACACGGCUGCAGGAGGAAGGCUUUGAGCGAGACGAAAAUCAUUAACGGCGAGAAUAGCAAAAUCUUCGAAAACCCGAUCCCAGAACGACGAUCCGUCAUACCAAGGGUGGUGUUGAACGAUCCUCGAAUUUUUGCCGAAUAUCGAAAAUUACUCAACCAAGUGAACAGUUCGGAAAUGUCACAAAGAUCUGUGAUUUUUAAGAACACGGCCAAGGCGAGGCCGUCUAUUCCGUUGUCCUCCUUGUCGCGGGACCAUCCCCUUUUGAUUCAUGCGCAAUUCUUCGACAAGCUAAAGAAGAAGUCGGAAAUCUCCAUUCAAAAGUCUUGUAAGAAUUAUGAUUUUCAACACAAGAAAACAUUGAUCGGGGAUAACAGAAUUAUCAACUACUGCAUGCUGCAAAAGGAACAGAAUAAUGAUAUCAAAGACAAUGAAUGCAUUGAAACGUCUUUUGUACCUCCUUCCAAUCAUGGUAUAUUCGAGAAAAAAUCUCAAGAGUUUGAAGCUUUCGAAAUUCCUAAUUGCAAGGUCGAUUUGCAAAGAAUAGAGAGUUUUCUCAAAUCCGGUCUAAGGCAAAACAAAUUGAAGAGUAUCAUGGAAGAGAUUCACCUAGAAACAUGUCAGUGCGCCACUUCUGAGGACGGUAUCAUUCACCUUAUCUCGCUCCUGUUGGGGGAACAGUGCAAAAUUCAGCCUGGGGUAAUACGGCUGAAAGACUACAAUGCAAUAAUGAUAAAGUUGUUUAAAUUCGUUUACCCGACCGCUCUUGUAAAAAGUGUGGAUGGAAAGGAUAUUCAACUUGGCCCCAUCCGUAGGGAUGAUCUGACGCAGCAUUUGGUCUCCUUGUCAGACGAAGAAGUCGGCUCCUUCGACAGAGAAAUGUUCACCACUAUUCUCACAGGCGCAGAAGAAAGGUUCAAGGAAGGACAUCGGGUUGCACAACACCUUGCAUCCCGGCCUUCGAUGUCGGCUUGAGCGGAAAUCGAGAAAAUAAGUCCAUGUACUCUUUGCAACUAGAACGCCGCACUUCGAGUUCUGCUGAGACAACAAUAAGCGAUCUACUCGGCUCUCUGGCAAAUUGGUUGGUCCUGUCGCAAAUGUGGACUACGUACAGCCCAUACGACCCGCCACUUACCCAAUUCUGUUUCUUCUUUUGUCCACGUUUUCGGUUCCUAUAUCAAGCACACAGCCACCCACUACACUUGUAUAAAUCUUUUUAAAAAAGACAAACGAAUAGUU